AUGGGCACUACUGUGGCCACCAAUAGCCUGCUGGAAAGGAAAGGUGAAAGAGUGGCUUUGCUUAUCACAAAAGGAUUCAAAGAUUUACUGCAUAUUGGGAAUCAAUCACGACCAAAAAUAUUUGACCUGGAAAUUAUUACACCAGAAGUUCUCUAUGAAGAGGUUAUUGAAGUAGAUGAACGAUUGUUACUGAAGCAAGACAAAUGCGAACUGGAUCUAAAUUGCCAAGUGGUCACUGGCAAGACUGGAGAAAAGUUGCAUCGAUACCAGCCUGUAAAGCUACAACAGUUACGACGUGACCUUCAAGGUGUUUACAAUCGUGGCAUCCGUAGCCUUGCAGUUGUUCUGAUGCAUUCUUAUAUGUACCCAGAACAUGAAAAACAUAUACAGCAAUUGGCCAAAGAAAUGGGCUUUACCCACAUUUCUCUGUCAGAGCAGGUCAUCCCAAUGGGUGUAUACACAUUGUUCAUGCAAUCAGAUGGAGGACUUACACCAAUGAAAAAAUUUAAUGGCUCUCGUGCCAUCCUGUCAGGACCAGCUGGUGGUGUUGUUGGAUAUGCCUUAACCACAUUCCACAAAGAGACAGAAUUACCAGUCAUUGGCUUUGACAUGGGAGGUACGUCGACUGACGUUAGCCGUUAUGCAGGAGAAUAUGAACAUGUCUUUGAGUCUACUACUGCUGGCAUUACCAUACAAGCACCCCAGUUAGAUAUCAAUACUGUGGCAGCUGGUGGUGGUUCCAUGUUGUUUUUCCGAGCCGGGCUUUUUUCUGUUGGUCCAGAAUCAGCUGGAGCUCAUCCAGGACCUGUUUGUUAUAGAAAAGGUGGGCCAUUAACUGUGACAGAUGCUAACCUGUGCCUUGGCCGGAUUCUUCCAGAAUAUUUCCCACAUAUCUUUGGGGAGACAGAGAAUCUUCCAUUAGAUAAGGAAGCUUCCACUGAAGCCUUUAAGAAACUGAGAGCUGAGGUGAAUGUCUUCCUCACUAACCAGGAUCCUCCCAGUCAGCCAAUGAGUGUUGAAGAAGUUGCUAUGGGUUUUAUCCAUGUUGCCAAUGAAACUAUGUGCCGUCCAAUCAGAGCCUUAACACAAGCCAAAGGUUAUGACACAUCCCAACAUAUUUUGGCUUGUUUUGGGGGUGCUGGAGCUCAACAUGCUUGUUCAAUUGCACGUUCUUUGGGAAUGUCCCAAGUCUUCAUCCACCGAUUUGCAGGAAUUCUUUCUGCUUAUGGCAUGGCACUGGCUGAUGUUGUCCAUGAAGAACAAGAACCUUGUGCUUCCUUUUAUGAACAAGAUUCUUUUAAUCACAUUGAUCAACGAAUUACUUUCUUAGCUCAGAAAUGUGUAGAUGCUCUCAAAUUGCAAGGUUUCCGUCAAAAUCAAAUCACAACCCAAGCUUUUCUUCAUAUGCGUUAUGCCCGAACGGACUGUGCCUUGAUGUGUUCAGCUGAUGAAGACUGUAAACCUUACAAAGGAAGUAGUAAAUAUGGAAACUUUAAGAAAGCAUUUUUGAACAGGUACAAACGAGAGUUUGGCUUCACUAUUGAAAACCGACCAAUCCAAGUUGAUGAUAUCCGUGUUCGAGGAGUCGGAAGCAGUAUGGUUGAGUCAAAUGAAACAAUUGCAAGUUCAACUGACACUCCAGUUCCAGAAAAGAUUACCAAGUGCUAUUUUGAAACUGGUUUCUGGGACACUGCUGUUUACUUUCUGACCAAGCUGGCCGCUGGGCAUCAAUUGACUGGACCAGCAAUCAUCAUUGACAAAAACAGCACAAUUGUGGUUGAACCUGACUGCACUGCAACCAUCACUCAACAUGGAGAUGUAAAAAUUAAGAUUGGUAGUGGUAUUUCUAAACGGCUUGGCACCCACCUUGACACCAUCCAGGUCUCCAUCUUCUCUCACAGAUUCAUGAGCAUAGCAGAGCAGAUGGGACGAGUUCUCCAAAGAACCGCCAUUUCUACAAAUAUUAAGGAACGAUUAGAUUUUUCUUGCGCUCUUUUUGGUCCUGAUGGUGGGUUGGUAUCCAAUGCACCUCACAUUCCUGUCCACCUGGGUGCUAUGCAAGAAACAGUUCAGUAUCAGAUGAAAGCUUUGGGAAAUAACCUCCAUGAUGGAGAUGUUAUUCUAAGCAAUCAUCCCCAUACAGGAGGCAGCCACCUCCCAGAUUUGACUGUCAUCACGCCGGUGUUUUACCCUGGUCAGCCCCGGCCAGUGUUCUAUGUAGCCAGUCGAGGACACCAUGCAGACAUUGGUGGAAUUACUCCUGGCUCUAUGCCACCACAUUCAACAUCACUUGAUCAGGAAGGAGCUGUUUUCAAGUCAUUCAAACUUGUAUCCAAAGGAGUCUUUCAAGAAGAAGCUGUUACAGAAGCUUUGAUGGCACCAGCUAAAUUUCCAGGCAGCAGUGGCACUCGAAAUCUCCAAGACAAUCUUAGUGAUCUACGGGCACAAGUGGCAGCUAACCAGAAGGGAAUCCAACUUGUCCAUGAAUUAAUCCAUUACUAUUCUUUAGAAGUGGUACAGGCCUACAUGGGUCAUAUUCAGAAUAAUGCAGAAAUUGCCGUUCGGGAAAUGCUGCAAGAUAUUGCCAGAAAGACAAAACAACGGACCGGUGUUACAAGACUCUAUUCUGAAGACUUCAUGGAUGAUGGGACUUGCAUCCGACUUAAUGUUGAUAUCAAUGAACCACAGGGAUCAGCAGUAUUUGACUUUACCGGCACAACUCAUCAAGUGCAUGGAAAUUGCAAUGCCCCAAGGGCGAUAACUCUCUCUGCCUUAAUCUACUGUCUCCGCUGCAUGGUGGGACAUGAUGUUCCACUGAAUCAGGGAUGUCUGGCACCAAUCAAAGUGAUUAUUCCCCCUGGUUCCAUUUUAGAUCCCUCGCAGAAUGCAGCUGUUGUUGGCGGCAAUGUGCUUACCUCACAAAGAAUUGUUGAUGUUGUUUUUAAAGCAUUUGGUGUUUGUGCUGCAUCACAAGGCUGCAUGAAUAACAUCACAUUUGGAGAUGAAGAUACAGGAUAUUAUGAGACUGUGGCUGGUGGUGCUGGAGCCGGACCAGGUUGGCAUGGACGUAGUGGUGUCCACACACACAUGACAAAUACAAGAAUAACAGACCCAGAAAUCUUGGAACGAAGGUAUCCGGUGGUCCUUCGUAACUUCAGUCUCGGCAAGAAUACCGGAGGAGCAGGGCAUUGGAAAGGAGGGGAUGGAGUCUGUAGAGAAUUACUCUUCCGAAAGAAGCUUCACUUAUCUGUACUCACAGAGAGGAGAGUGUAUCACCCUUAUGGGGCAAAUGGUGGGCAACAAGGACAACGAGGCAGUAACCUCAUGUUUUAUGCAGAUGGGCGUGUUGUCAACCUGGGUGGAAAAACAUCAGUCAAUGUCACUGCUGGGGACGUUUUCAGUUUGAUGACACCAGGAGGUGGAGGUUAUGGAAGAGCAAAGAAUGGUAACAGUAGAUCAGCUGAUGAAGAUGAAAUAGAGGUUGUCAGAAAGAAAUCUUGCCCAAAUCAGCAAUAUUUACAGAAGGGCAGUGUCUAUACAUACAACCUUGCACAAGAGUCGGCUUAG